UUUUCGUCACGUGACAAGCGGAAGUGUUUGCUCUUCUUCUUCGGUGAUGUUCGUUCUUCUUCACAGGAACCUUCUGAAUGGAUCUUGAAGAAGCCUUUCGACAUGUCGGACACUUUGGACCUUACCAGCAGCGGACUGUGGCCGUCCUCGUCCUCACGCAGGUGUACAUGGCCUGUCAGUCCAUGCUGAUUGUUCUCAUUGGAUCAACACCGCAGUACCACAUCGAGCAGCAGGAGGGCGUCCCGCCGAACCAACACGUCACCUUCACUGAAGAUGUUGAUUCUGUAGUGACUGAGUGGCUCCUUGUCCAGCAGCAGGCCUACAAGGUCAGCUUGGCUGGAUCCCUGUUCUUUGCUGGUCUUCUGGUCGGGAACGUCGUCUUCGGGCCGCUCUCCGACAGGAUUGGUAGAAGACCCGUUUUCCUGACAGGUCUGAUUUCCGAGGUGAUCUUUGGUUAUGUGACCGCUAUGGCCCCCAGCUACGAGGUCUUUGCCGUGUCUCGCCUCCUGGUGGGUCUGAUGAACGGUGGCAUAGGCGUGGUCUGUUUUGUCCUCACCCAAGAAUUUGUGGGCAAGUCCUACUGGGCCAUGACUGGGACGUUGACCAGUAUGAUGUUUGCGGUUGGCAUCGCCCUGUUUGGCGCUCUGGGUUACUACGUCCGACCAUGGAGGGACCUGGUGACGACGUCAAACUCAUUUGGCGUCAUCGUCUUCCUGCUGUGUGUGCGUCUUCCAGAGUCUCCGCGGUGGCUGUACUCUCAGGGUCGCACCAGCGAAGCUGAAGAGGUUUUGAACUACAUGGCGCUGAGAAAUGGGAACCCCAUCAAGAACCUGAUUUUGCAGCGUGCUGCUGUCUCCAAAGCCGGUAACCAUAACAACGGCGUGGGGCUGCUGCAGCUGGCGGUCCAUCCGGUCCUCCGCUGGAGGACGAUGGUGCUCAUGUACAUCUGGUACGUGUGCAGUCUGGUGUACUACGGUCUGACCAUGGGAGCCGGUGAGACAUCAGGCAGCCCGUACAUUAACGUAGCCAUGUACGGUCUGGUGGAGCUGCCCGCCUACCCGCUCUGCAUGUACUUCAUCAACAAACACUGGGCUGGCAGGAGAAAAAGCAUGGCAGGUUUUCUGUGUCUGGCGGGAUCCGCCUGCCUGGGUACCAUUUUGAUCCCAGAGAACACGGGGAUGUUGCUGAGUGUUACAUCUUUGGCGUUGCUGGGAAAACUGAUGGUCAGUGCAGCGUUCAACAUCGCCUACGUCUACACCUCUGAGCUUUACCCCACAGUUAUCCGGAAUGCUGGUUUGGGGGUGUGUUCCAUGUCGUGCAGAGUUGGAGGAAUCCUUGCGCCGUUUAUCCCCUCCAUGCGCGCUCUGCACAGCUCAGCGCCCUUCACCGUCUUCUGUCUGAGUGGUCUGACCGCAGGCUGCGUCGGCCUCCUGCUGCCCGAAACCCUGGACGGACCCACAGCUGAAACUCUGGAGGAGCUCAACAGCGCCACCUGCAGCCGGGUGCUGGAGAACAAGGCUUUGCUUUAUGGAGACAAAUGGAAGAAACUGAACCACAAAUGAAGUCUCACCUUUAACAUAAUGCAGCUCAUAGCAGCGAGACAGUGGAGAGGCCACGCCUUCAUCUUCACUGUCUGUGAACUUUGAACUCUUUAGAUGCAGCACAGAAACAGUGGAAGAUGGCAGCUUGAAGGUUGGGGUGAAGUGGGUUAUCCUCCAACCAAAAGGUCAGGUGACUGAAUGUCAGCGUUUUUUUUUUUUAAGAGUAAUCUGUAUCUGAUGUGAAUCCUAUUUUAUAAAAUAAUCCUGCAGAAGCGGUGAUGGAAACAUUUACUCAGCUCAAAACCACCAGUAUGCGGUGCUGCUGCUACGGCGUUGUCCUUUAGCAACAGAAUAACAUGCUGUUUGGUGCACGCUUCUCACAAAAAUGAGACAUGACACUUUAGUGAUUUGCUGGAAUGGACUUUUAUUUUAUAAAUCAGCUUUUCCAGCCGCAGUUAAAUAUUCCUGGAAAAAAUAAUCCAAACAACACGCCUAUGUGGUGGAAUUCACUUUAAACAUUUCAUUCUCAAAAUGUGUUUUAUGUUGUAAUUUUUAAUGAGCUGCAGUAUUUUUUUGGGGAGUGUGUGAGCGGAGUUCAUGUUCAUCAACCCUGGGUGACCUGAAAACUGAUUGAAAGGUGACAACACAAAAUAAGGUGAACUUUAAAAAAGAAGUCUGAAUUUAUGUUUCUAAAUUUGUUCAGUAAUAUUUGGGAGAUUAUGAUGUGAACGUGAUGAAACUGGACAGAAGGGAUUUUUGGUUUGAGUUUCGUAGUCGGCCUGCCACGGCCCCGGCUCCUUCAGAAGGAUAGGUUACCAUGGGUACUUAGUGGGGGAUUCCUGUUAACCGCAAUGAUGGAACCCAGCUCUCACGUGCAUAAGUUAGACAUAGCAAAGUAAGCCGGGACUUCACUUGAACCAUGCGGAUGGAAUACCCCCCCCCCCCCCCCCCCCCC